AGAACAUUCUUACUGUCUUAGAUUUUUUCAAUAGCCGCAUGGAUGCCCAAAGAAUGAAUGGUGAAUGCUCGGUGGAGAAAGUCCUCGAAGUCAUAAUCAUCAAUUGUCGUUCUUGGCGUGGUGAAGGCAUGAAGAUGUUUACUCAAUUACGUUUUACAUAUGAACAAGAGAGCCAUCCUGAGGAGUUCUUUAUUCCUUAUGUGUGGCAGCUAGUUAUAUCUCGCAGCUCAUUCAGUUUUAAUCCCAGUAGCCUAAAUCUGUUUCCAGUUGAUCUGCCUGUAAAAAAUCAUUUGAAGUGGCUAAAACAAUAUCGAUGGGGCCAUCAUUGAAAAGUGGAUCAAAAGUUGGGAAAAGUGGAUCAAAAGUUCACGAACCAGACGAGUACCCUCCCCAACAUAUUUCUUAACAAGUUCACGAAGCUAAAUUGUACAAGACUACUUGGCAGUAUGAGCAUUUUUGGGAGGAUUAAAUAUUUUUGGAUGGAUGUGUAUGGAUAACAAAUAUUAGUAGUUUUAUUUGUUGAUAGCUGUGCAUGGAUAACAAAUAGUUAUGUUUCAAAUUGUUAUGCUAG